AUGGGUUCGAAUGGGGGUUCAACGGUGAAUAAUCUGAGUGAUAACCUAGCGUUUGUGAGGAAUAGAUUCAAAAUCUUGAGUGAUACAGUAAUGGAUCAAAAUACUGAGACAAUAGCAGGUGCAACAAAGCUUUCAGAGAAGAUCGAUGAUGCUGAGGGUGGGAGAAAAACCCUAAACCUAACAGAUCGAAGAACUCCGUUGAUGGCUUCAGAUUUUCAGAGAGUUGCUGACCGAUUGGCAAGGCUGAAAGAUCCUUCUCCGUCAAUCUUGACACCUAGUAACCUAGAUGGAUCUCUCCUGACUUCUCGUCGGAUCGAAGCCAAGGGCUAUGGCGAACCCAAGUCCGAUCUACCCAAAGGACAGGAGUCAGAUGUAAAUCUGGGCCCUGCAGAUGUUGUACAAGCUACAGAAGACCCUCCUCUUCCAAGUGAGGAAGAAGGCCGUGAGGAGAUGCAUCCUCAAAGGGGGGUGAACCUUAACUUCAGAGGAGGCAGAGGAGGUAGAGGUCAAGGGGGUGGAAGAGGUCCUUAUACUCGAACCUGGGCAGACGUGGCUGCCUCAUCUACUCGAUCUAGUGUUCCUCUCAGGUAUGUGCCUCCUAAUCGCAGUGAGGGCUAUGUCAGUGUGAACUUACCCACCCGUCCUAACCCUUUAGAAAAAUGGGAUUCGUGUUUGGUUGGGUAUUUUCUUGAUAAAGGGGUGUCCUACAAUUACUUGAGAAAUAGUGCCUUUGGUCUAUGGAAAAACAAAGGGUUGAAAGAGGUUUUAGCUAAUGGGGAAGGGUUUAGCUUCUUCAUUUUUGAUAACCCAGAAUGUUGUACCUCAGUCCUUGAAGGAGGACCUUGGUAUAUUGGAGGUUUCAACUUGUUCUUGAAAAAAUGGACCCGCAUGAUGAAACUGUCUAAGGACAAAGCUACCAAGGUCCCUGUGUGGGCUAAGUUCUUUAAUGUCCCAUUCGAAUACUGGGAUAGUGAUGGAUUAAGUCGUAUAGCCAGUGCUGUAGGUGUUCUCCUUUUUAUGGACCAACUCACGGAACAGGGGAGUAGGGUGUCUUUUGCUAGGGUGUGUGUUGAGGUAGAAGCAGCAUCUACCCUACCUGCUAUGUUUAAGGUGGACUGUGAAGGAAUAGAAGCCAUAGUCAAAGUUGAAUACCAAGGUUUACCCCCAAAAUGUGAACACUGCAUAGCAUUUGGGCAUGAUACAGCCAGAUGUGUGAAAACUCAGGUUGCGACUCUUCUUAACAUCCAAAAGGAAGUACAAAACCAUCCUGAUCCUGGAUGGGAAACUGUUAUGGCUAAGGGCAAGAGAAAAGUGGGUGUUCCAGAGACUGCUACUGAGACAGUAAACAACGAGGAGCCUAAUGAGGAUGGCGUGCAACAAUCUGAGAAAGAGCAGAGCCACCUAGUAAUGCAAGUUCGGGUGGAGAAUACAGAGGAAUUAUCUGAUCAAACUCACAGAGAGGUGCUGGACCCAAUAGAUGAUGAGUCAAAGGAUGAUAAUAUGGAUGGUUUGGUGGCCCUUCAGAAGGAACUGGUAAAAAUUACAAGCUUAGUUCUCCCUCAUGAUACCGAAUUGUUGGCUAAAGUGGAGAAUCUUGUGGAAUCUACUCCUGGCAAAUUUCAUACUAACAAACAAGCCCAAGCAGGCUCAAGUGCAAAAGGUAACUCCUCUGGCAAGGGCAACAAAAGCCAGAGGAAGAAACGCAGAGUCUGUUUUGUCUAUGCUGAAAAUAAACAUGAUGUUAGGAAAGAUCUUUUUGAAUACAUGGUCACUGUCUCCCAAGCUCAGUCCAAUACCCCUCUCGUAAUUUUAGGAGACUUUAAUGCUAUUAGAUUUCCUUAUGAAAAAUCUGGGGGUUCUACUGUUUGGUCUAAGGAUAAAGAGGAGUUUAAUUCCCAUAUUUUGCAAGCCGAGCUGGUUGAUCUCUCCUAUGGAGGCUGUCAACUUGGGCUAAUAAGAGAACUAGUGGGGAUUAUAUUGCUUCCAAGAUUGACAGAGUGUUGCAUCUCUGAUCACUCCCCUGUUGUGGUUAAUAUCUCUGAUAAGGUGACUUCUUUUAAGAAACCAUUUAAAUAUUUUGACUUCUGGGCUGACCAUGAGGAUUUCUCCUCCGUGGCUCUGAAUAAGAAAGACUUUAGUGACAUUACUACCAGAGUCCACACUUCUAGGUCUGAGCUCCUCUCUGCUCAGUGUAAGUUGGACAAGGAUCCUAAAGACUUUAGUGAUAUUGUUACCAGAGUCCACACUUCUAGGUCAGAGCUCCUCUCUGUCCAGUGUAAGUUGGACAAGGAUCCCAGAAAUACUUCUGUGCAACAACUUGAGAGAAUCUGUUAUAAAAAGUAUGUUGAUCUUCUGGUUGUUGAGGAGAGUCUGGCUCACCAAAAAUCUAGAGUCCAGUGGCUUAGUCAGGGUGAUAACAAUAGUAGGUUCUUUUUCAAAACCAUUAAGGGUAACAUCAAUAGGGGAAAAAUCCUUAAUUUGGAGAUGAUGGAUGGCCAAAAAUCUUCAAAACCUAAGGACAUUCAUAAUGCUUUCAUAGAUUUUUUCUCUGGUUUAUUUGGUACCCCUAUUGAUGACCAUUAUAAUGGUUUUGAUAGAGUUCAGUCUCUUGUUAAGUCUAAAAUAUCUCCUGAUCAAUCGUUGUUGCUUGCUAGCCCUGUGACUGAUAAAGAGAUUAAAGACACUUUUUGGUCUCUUAAAGCCAAUAAGGCCCCUGGCCCUGAUGGCUUUUCUGCUGGUUUUUUCAAAAGCUCUUGGAAUAUAGUUGGGAGAGAGGUCACCCAAGCUGUUAGAACCUUUUUUGAGUCGGGAAAACUCCUAUCCGAAGUCAAUAGUACCAUCAUUGCCCUUAUUCCUAAGGUCCCCAAUCCCAUUAAAGUUGGUGACUUUAGACCCAUCUCUUGCUGUAACACUAUUUACAAAUGCAUUGCCAAGAUCAUUGCAAACAGGAUUAAAACUGUUCUCCCUGAUCUUGUUGAUCCCGUUCAAUCCGCAUUUGUUCAAGGUAGGAGAAUAUCUGACAAUAUUUUCCUAUCCCAGGAGCUUAUGAGAGGGUAUCAUAGGAAGUCUCCUACCCCGAAGUGUGCCAUGAAAGUGGACAUCAUGAAAGCCUAUGACAGUGUGAGGUGGGAAUUUAUCAUCGAUAUUCUUAAGGCUAUGUCCUUCCCUCCUGUCAUGGUUUCAUGGAUACAGGCUUGCAUCUCUAGUCCCUCCUUUUCUAUUUGCAUCAAUGGGAGCCUCCAUGGUUAUUUCAAAGGGGCUAGAGGUUUGCGUCAAGGUGAUCCUCUGUCCCCCUAUUUAUUUGUUCUAGCCAUGGAAAUCCUUGCUAGAAUUUUGGCUGAAAAGUCUAUGCAUCCUUUGUUUAAGUUCCAUUGGAGAUGUGAGAAAACUAAGAUUAUAAAUCUUUGUUUUGCUGACGAUCUCAUGAUUUUUAGCAAAGGUGAUGUGCCUACUGUUAAUCUUAUUAUGGAAGGCCUUGAGGAAUUUUCUAACCUCUCGGGCCUUACCCCUAAUCCCAGCAAGAGUAAUAUCUACUUUUCUGGUUGUGAGAUGGGGUUACGCACCUCUAUUCUUGGUAUUGCUAAAUUCAAAGAGGGCAUACUCCCGGUUAAAUAUCUUGGUGUUCCCCUUAUCACAACCAAAUUGAGGGCCACGGAUUGUGCUCCUCUCAUUGAAAGAAUCACCAAAAGAGUUAAGAAUUGGACUAACAGAGUCUUGUCUUAUGCGGGGAGGAGCCAGCUCAUCCAAUCCAUCCUUUUUUCUAUGCAAGUUUACUGGUCUUCCUUGUUUAUUCUCCCUAAGAAGGUCAUUAGGGAGAUUGAAAGUAUUCUUAGAGCUUUCCUUUGGUCUGGCAGUGAGCUCAAAACCCAUAGUGCUAAGAUUGCCUGGGAUUCUGUGUGUGCUCCUAAAAGUGAGGGGGGUCUUGGGUUUAAAUCUCUUGGUAUCUGGAAUAGAGCUGCAAUAGCUAAGCAUGUCUGGUUCCUCUUCUCUGGUGGCGAGAAGUCUAUGUGGUGUCAAUGGGUUAAAUCCUAUUUACUCAAGGGUAAAAGCUUUUGGAGGGUCAAAAUCCCCCCUGACCCUUCCUGGGUUUGGAGGAAAAUAUUGUCUCUUAGGGACUGGAUGUCUCCUCUAAUUAAUCACCAAGUUGGUUGUGGAGAUUCUAUAUUCCUUUGGUAUGACAAUUGGCACCCUCUUAGUCCUCUAUGGAAAAAGUUUGGGGACAGGAUUAUGUAUGAUUCCUGCCUCAACAGUGAGACCAAAGUCAGUCAAAUCAUCAAUGGUCAUUCUUGGAAGUGGCCUAUUCCUAAUUCUUGGGAAAUUCAGGAGUUGAUCUCAUCUACUCCUAAAUGCUGCAAACCUAACCCUUUCGAGUGUGACCAAGUUACCUGGAAACUUACAACUGAUGGUAAGUUCUCCAUUCACUCAGCUUGGAAUCACUGGAGACGUAGUUUUGAUAGAGUGGGCUGGCAUAAACUCCUUUGGGGCCCUCAUAGGAUUCCUAAAGGUAAAGAAGCUCAAGUCGAGUGGUGUGAGCCCAUAAAGUGUGGGUCGAGUGGUGUGAGAUCCUAUAUUGAGGGCACUCGGUGUCCAGAUUUUGGGGACUGCAGACCUGUUGUUUCAAAAGAUCUUGGCUUUUCAGAUUUUGGGUUCGCUACAAUGAUUAAGUUCUGUUGGAGUUGCUGGUUUGUUGACAAUCAGACGUGUGGCAGAUGGCGGUAUAGAUGCGAUGGUUGUUCUUUUUGCCUACCUGUGUGGGAUGUGCCAGGUUAUCAGUACAGUGUUGCUUUUGGUUGUGUCGUCUGUAUGGACAAUUUUUCACUUCAGUUUUGGCCCGCUUUGAUUCCUUUUAGGUGGCGGUUUUUUCUUGUUCUCCAUUCGUUUGUAUAG